UUGAAAGUUUUUCCUUUACAGAUUUAAAAUAUUAAGAUCAAGAAAAAAUGGAUCGAAAAUGGAUGUCUGCUAGUCGAUUGUCAAAAGAAUAUGAAGAUGGGGUGAAAGAGUUUCGUAGAUUUGUAGUUGAGCAUGCAAAAGAUCCUAGUAGAAUUAUUUGCCCUUGCUUGAAGUGUUGUCAUUCAAAGUUAGUUAAUGCGGAUGUGUUGGAAGAACAUUUAGUAUGUAAUGGAAUUGAUAAAAGUUAUUCAUGUUGGACAAAACAUGGUGAAACUAGAAAACAUGGAUGUUGACCUUGAUUUACAAGAUAGUGUCAAUUAUGCACCAAGCGAGCCCGACACAACAUAUGAGUUUGACCAAGUUGAAGAGAUUGUAAAUGUUGUUGAAGAGGAUCUUCAUGACUGUCCUGAGAUGUUUGACAGAUUGGCAAGUGAUGCAAAUACACCAUUAUAUGAUGGUUGUACUAAGUUCACAAGACUAUCAGCAGUGUUAAAGCUACUCAAAUUAAAAGCAGGAAAUGGAUGGUCUGAUAAGAGUUUCACAGAAUUACUAACUCUUUUAAAAGAUAUGUUGCCAAAAGAUAAUGUACUUCCUAAUCGGAUGUACGAGGCUAAAAAAAUGUUAAGCUCCAUUGGCAUGAGUUAUCAGAAGAUACAUGUUUGUCCUAAUGAUUGCAUUCUUUUUCGAAAUGAAUACGCAUCGCUAGAUAAAUGUCCUAAAUGUAACGUCUUGCGUUAUAAGAAAAAUAAAGUGCCAACCAAAGUGGUAUGGUACUUUCCUAUAAUACCAAGAUUCAGGCGCAUGUAUCGUAGUGUAGAAGAUGCAAAGAACUUAAGAUGGCAUGUAGAGGAAAGAAUAUGUGAUGGAAAGCUUCGACAUCCUGCAGAUUCUCCUCAAUGGGCAAAAUUUGACCAUGAUCACCCUAAUUUUGCGGAAGAACCAAGAAACCUACGUCUUGCAUUGUCUACUGAUGGAAUAAAUCCGCAUGGUAUACAAAGUAACUCCCAUAGCACAUGGCCUGUUGUUAUGAUUAUAUACAACCUACCCCCUUGGUUAUGCAUGAAAAGGAAGUUCAUGAUGUUGUCUAUGUUAAUUUCUGGACCUAAACAACCAGGGAACGACAUAGAUAUAUACUUGGCUCCUUUGAUCAAAGACUUAAAGUAUAUGUGGAAUGAAGGUGUAGAGGUGUAUGAUGGGUAUAAGGAAGAAAAUUUUAAACUACGGGCAAUGUUGUUUGGAACUAUUAAUGAUUUUCCAGCAUACGGUAAUUUAUCAGGAUAUAGUAUCAAAGGAAAGUGUGCAUGCCCUAUAUGUGGGAGUAAUACAAAUUGGAUGUGGCUAGAGCAUGGUAAGAAGAAUGUAUUUCUUGGCCACCGUAGAUUUUUACCUUCAAAACAUCGUUAUCGAGGGUGGAGAAAAGCGUUUAAUGGGAGAUUAGAAGAAGGUAGAGCCCCUGAAUUGUUGUAUGGUGAUAAAGUUUUUGAAAAGGUUAAGGAUAUAACCAAUAAAUUUGGUAAACCUUUUGCAGCAAAUCUAGUAACUAGUGGAUGGAAGAAAAGGUCAAUUUUUUUUUAUUUGCCAUAUUGGAAGUCCUUAUAUGUAAGACAUUUCCUUGAUGUGAUGCAUAUUGAAAAAAAUGUUUGUGAUAGUGUGAUUGGUACACUACUGAAUGUGCCAGGAAAUUCUAAGGAUGGCAUCAAUUCCAGGUUAGACUUACUCAAUAUGGGAAUUAGAAUAGAAUUAGGACCAAUAAAGAAAGGUAAACACCAAUAUCUACCUCCAGCAGCUUAUACUCUAUCUAGAAAGGAGAAAAUUAUAUUUUGUAAGUUUCUAGAAGGAGUUAAAGUUCCAGAGGGGUAUUCUUCAAACAUUAGGAACCUGGUAUCUAUGAGGGAUUUAAAGCUAAAAGGGUUAAAGUCUCAUGAUUGUCAUGUUCUCAUGGAGCAUUUACUACCAAUAGGUAUACGCUCCAUUUUGCCUAAAAAAGUGCGAUGGACCAUAACUAAAUUGUGUUACUUCUUCAGAGCCAUUUGUAGCAAAGUGAUUGACCCUGGAAAAUUGCAAGCAUUAGAAAGAGAAAUUAUUUUAACUUUGUGUGAGCUUGAGAUGUAUUUUGCACCUUCAUUCUUUGACAUAAUGGUUCAUCUUACCAUUCACCUAGUUAAAGAGACACAAUAUUGUGGGCCAGCUUAUAUGAGAUGGAUGUAUCCAAUGGAGCGUUAUAUGAAGAUAUUAAAGGGGUAUGUGAAAAAUCGAAGUCGACCAGAGGGUUGUAUUGUGGAACGAUACAUACUUGAAGAAGCUGUUGAAUUUUGUACUGAUUACCUCUCUAAUGUUGAAUCAAUAGGGCUUCCAAAGUCUCGACACAAUGGGAGAAUUGAAGGAGAAGGUAUUAUUGGAAUUACAAUAUUGACCAUAUCGUGGAAAGAUUGGGAGCAAGCAUAA